GUCAUGCUGCCCCAUAGCACAGUAUGUUGUUGUAGGAACAGCCACUGGAGACGUUCUGUUUGUGGAAAUGACCACAAAACAAAAACCCAGACUAGUUCACAGAGUUCAUCUCUACCAUGUCCCUGUAGACCAUUUGGUGUUUGAUCAAGGUGGCAACUUCUUAAUCACAGGAGCAUCAGACUCACGCAUGUUUGUGCUGGACGCAAGGCCAUCAAAAGGAUUUGAAAUUAUUGGAUGGAUUGAGGCUCCAGGUGCCAUUGUAAACCUAUCCACUCAGUACCACACGGAAAGUAAACAGGUUAAAGUGCUGGUGUUAUGCAGCAAGACAGAGAGAGAAAUCAAUGAGGGAAAUGUACUUCUGCUACUGACUUUGUUUGUGCAACAGAUUACAGACUCGUCAGGUUGUGUGGAUGUCUAUGGCUGUCUGUUUAAAGAUGCCCUGCACAGCUGCCUAUAUGAGAUCCCUCACGCUCUCUGCUCUUGUGUCCUGGCCAUAAACAAGAUAUUUGGUUACUGCCAACAGAGAAAAGUCUUGCAAAGUUUCAGAAUCCCUGAGAGUGGAGUAAAGCCAUCUAAUGCACAGGAAGCAGUUCACCUGAUCUUAGAGAAGGAGGCAGGGGGCCAUUUACAGAGUCCUGCUUUUCUACAGCUCUCCCCACAUCAAAGCUGGCUGGCAACAGUUGGCAGGGAUGGACUGCUGCGCAUUUGUGAGAUCUCAACAAUGGACAGGUAUGUGCAGCUGCAGUGCCACUCAUGUUGGCAGGGUGGAGUCGGAUCUGUUUGUUUCACCCCAGACAGUCAGACCCUCAUCACCUCGGGCCUGAGGGAUGGCUCACUUGUCUGCAGCAGGCUCAGGUUAAAGCUUUCUGGGGCCGGCAAAACAAAUGCAGCUACCCAGUAUGCUCAGUCAGUUGCUGAUUCCUUUGAGUCAGUUGUAUCCUCAGAGAACACCAUCCUCUCCAAAAUGACUGACUGGGAUCCACAGACACAAUCCCUGACCAGAUGCUCGUCAUUUCUAACAAGAGAAGGAAAGAUGAGUCAUGAAGCUGAACAAGAGGAAAACUAUUUUGUGUCCCCAGCUAGUUCUACAUGGCUUGAUGGAAAACUAGAUGCGGUUCUUCAAGAAGAGACCCAGCAGUAUGCAGAGACCAAAAAGAACCUAAGAAAAAACAUCAAAGUUCUUCGUGACACAAUCAAAGCAAUGAUGCAAGAGAAUGAGAGCCUGCCAGACAUGGAGAAACUUGGGCACCAGGAAUUUAACCUGGAUGUGGAAGAGCAACAGAGGAUGCAGCUCGAGGGAAAACAGGAAGUUACCAGGGUGAGGAAAGAGAUCGAGAUGGAGAAUCUGGCUAAGUGCUAUCAGAGGGAGAUCCUGAAGAAGGAAUGCUGGGAUUCCAUGCAAGUCAAAGGCAAAGCCAUUAAGGCCUUUCAUUCAGAAAAUGAGGUGAAGAACUACCCAAUGAAGGAACGCACUGAAAAAGAACUUGAAGAGCUUCAAAGGAUUGAGACCAUGAGGCAGAUUGAACAGGAAAAUUCACAACUUCAAGAGAUGAUUUUAAACACAAUCUCUGGAGACAAAGAGGAAGAAGAGGCAGAGGACAGUAAGACCGAGAGUCCUGCUCUGACUGGCAGUCUGAGUGCUCUGUACGGAGGUGUCAAUCCUCAUCUCUACAGCCAGUUUAACUUACACAUCAGAGAGCAGAAAAUCAACCAAAUCACCUUGCUAAAGGAUGUUAUCUACAAAGUGAAGAGCACAUUCAACAAAGAAUUUGAGGCAGUUUACAAGCAGAAGGAACAGGAAAUCUACCGUUUUAGAGAGAAGAACAAGCGUAUUUCUGAGAUUAUGAGCGAGCUGGACCUCAGUGAGACCCUGUGGGAGCCUAGUCUCACGGAUAAUGAGUGUCCUGAGCGAGCUCUUACUGUGACCGACUCCGAGAUCAAGGUUGAGAAAUACCUCACCCCUGAGCAAAAAGAAAAAGAAGAACAGCUAAGAGAGGAAGAUAAACAGCAAAGGCUUGCAGCCAAGUCUGACAACAUGAGAGAUCAAGCGCUCAGUGUCAUGAUGGGUGGAGUUCUGGAGCUUAAAAAAGAGGAUGUGCUGAGGAUGGAAGUACCUCGGCCUGAGUUCAUGUCUAAACCUGAGGUACAGUGGACAGAAGAAGAGAGAAAGAGCUUCAAAGAGUUUGAGAAAAAAGCAAAGGAGCUCAGUGAGGAGAAAGAGAAAUACAGAAAAACGCUAGAGACAGAAAUGAAGAAACUGCUGACUUCUAUUAAAGAGGCUACUCAGAUGUUUGAUGAAAAACUCACAAAGCUGUUUGAAAGGAAAGUGAAAUCAGAGAUGGUCAUAUACCAAGAGGAGCUCAAGAUUACAAAUCUGGUUCACUCCAUUCAAACCGAAGAAGAGCUCCUAAGCAGAGAGAAACAGAUGAGUCUUAAACUUGAAAAGGCACGAAUUGUAAAGAAUGAAAUUGGGGAGGAAUUAAAAAAACACAAGGAGACUGUUGAUGAGUUUAGAGAGGAGUAUGAUAACACAGUCACUGAGGACAAACUUCUUGACAAAGGAUUUCGCAAAGAGUUUUUUGACGUUCCAGGACACAUAAUUGACCAGCUCUAUAAGCUUUACAAACGCAGACCAAGGGUUCAGAGGAUAAAAACACAGACUGAAAAUAACCAGUUUAAAGAGGGAGCACUAUUAGGAACUGCACCAUCUGAUGGACUGUCUCUGAUGAUGAAGGCCAUGGAAGAAUUGGACGCACCAGAGAACAUGCCAGAAGGAUUAGAUCCGUUUGUGUGGGAGAGGUUUUGCCUGGCCAGACGGGCCAAAGUGGAAAGUGAACAAAAGGUCAAACUAAAAGCAUUGACCCUGGCGGAGAUGCAGGCUUUUCUUCAGAGGAGAACAGAUGAGGACGAGAAAGCUCAGCUUGAAAUAAAAAAUCUGAUUGAUGAACUCAAUAGCAUCUGUGAAGAAAAGAUGAGGUUUCGACUAGACAGUAUGGUGCAGAUCGUUCUACAGCAAGGUCAGGUGGAGGUGGAGGCUGGAGACUUCAUUGCUAAUUUUACUAAUGCUCUGCUAAUACAUCGCAAAGUAACCGAGGACCUCAACAGCACCAUCAGGGCUUUAGGAGAUCAGAAGAACGCCAGCAUGGUGGAGUGUAAAGACUUCCGCAAAGGAAUCAUACAGCAGGAGUGGGAUCACAGGAGAAUGAGAAUGCAACUGGAGGAUCUCAGCAAUAAAGCCAGAGACAUACAGACCCUGCGCAUCACUCAGGAGAUUCAAGAUUACCUAAAUGAAACCAGUAAUGACAAUAGGGUGUCAAAGCAGCUCACAACUCUGGAGACGACCCUUGCUCUACAGAAAACGACUCAUCAAAAGAAAGUUGAGGCUUGCAAGAAACAGAUAAAGCACCUGGACAGACAAGGUGUGCAAAUGCAAGAGAAGAGCGCAGCCCUCGACUUGAAAGUGGCUGAUAUGGAGAUAACUGUUGCAGAGAGAAGAAAUAUUUACGAGGCUGUUGCAAUGGGAGAUAACCAGGAGACAGAGGCAGAGAAGAACUACCAAGACAUCAUCUUGAGAAAGAAGCUGUUGAACAUAGCUGGAGCACAAUCUGAAGAGAUACUCACACUGCAAGCGGAGGUUGAGAAACUGCGUAUGAAGAACUUCCCAUCUCUUUCUCAACUAAACUACAACUGAUUCCGGAU